CAUGUGUGGCCGGACCUGCCGGCAGGCACCCUGGGUACUCGGUCCGGCCCCCUCAUGGCCGCCUCCGACCGCUUCUCGCUCACCCUGCGCGGUGCGGGGGGCCACGGUGCGCUGCCGCACCGCGCCCGCGACCCGGUGGUGGCGGGUGCAGCGCUGGUGGGGGCGCUGCAGGCGCUGGUGAGCCGGGAGACGGCGCCGGUGGAGGCGGCGGUGGUGACGGUGGCAAGGUUCAACACGGGCCCCGGCGCCCCCAACGUCAUCCCCGACUCCGUGCUCCUGGCGGGCACCGUGCGCGCCCUCACACCCGCCACCUUUGCGCGGCUGCACGUGCGGCUGGAGCAGGUGGCGGCGGGGGUGGCAGCGACGUACGGCUGCAGUGUUGACAACGUGACGUGGAGCGAGGUGCCGUACCCGCCCACUCGGAACGAGCCGCGCUUAACCUCCCUGGUGCUAGAGGUGGCUCGGCAGCUCACGGGCGGGGGGCAGCAGGGGGCGGGGGGCGGCACCUCCCCCUCCUCCCCCUCCCGAGUGGUGGAGGUGGAGCCCUCCCUGGCGGCGGAGGACUUCUCAUUCUAUGGGGAGGUGGUGCCGCAGGCCUCCUUCACCUUCCUAGGUAUCGGCGACCCGGCUCUGGGCACCGACACGGGGCUGCACUCGCCUCGCUUCAAGCUGGACGAGCGGCAGCUGCCGCUGGGGGCGGCCCUGCAUGCGGCGGUGGCGGCGGAGUGGCUGAGCAGGC